CACUACGCCUACCCAUAGCCUUUUACUACUUCCCACAGUCACUGUUUAACGUCGCUUCACCGCCGUUUAUAUCUAUCUUCUUCUCUCUCUCUCUCUCUAUAUAUAUACAGACACGUAUACAUACACUCUCCAUCUUCUCUCUCUUCAUAACGCAACGUCGCAAAUGGAGUAGGCUUUGUGUACAGAGUACAGUGUGCGCAGUGCUGUUGGCAACAUUUAACGCACUACCCUUUUCUCUUUCAUGCUCUCUUUCGCUCUCUCUCUGCAUUCAUACUCACUCUCUUCCCUUAUUGCUACUGCUGCUGCUCUGCCUUACAGUUCACGCCAAACGCCUGCUUCUCUGUAACUAUUCUGCUCUCUCUCUCUCUCUCUCCCUCUCGCUCUCUAUACAACACACAUUCCUACAAACUAUCACGCUUGCUAGGCUAUGUAUGAGGAGAGACAAGGAUAAGAUGUUGUCGAGUGACUGAGCUCCUCCAAGACUUCUUUUUUGUUGUACUUCUUUUCCUGCUUCUGUCGUCUGUAUAUGCGCAUCUCUGAAUGACGGUGGUGGAGGAACAAUUGUUUGUGGAGGGGAAGACGAAUAUGAAAAUGGGGUUGCUCUAUUUUGUGCUGGUGUUUUUCCUUCUAUUCCCUCUCGCUUCACCUCUCAGUGAUGAAGGAAAAGCAUUGAUGUCCAUCAAAGCUUCAUUUAGCAACGUAGCUAAUGUGCUGCUGGACUGGGAUGAAGUUCACAAUGAUGACUUCUGUUCAUGGCGGGGUGUAUCUUGUGGCAAUAUCAGCACGUCCGUUGUUGCUCUGAAUCUGUCAAAUCUGAACUUGUGUGGAGAAAUAUCCGCAGCUAUUGGAGAUCUGAAAAGUCUUCAGUCUCUGGACCUUCAGGGAAACAAAUUAACUGGUCAAAUCCCAGAUGAGAUUGGGAAUUGUAUCUCACUUUUACUACUUGAUUUGUCUAAUAACCUGCUUGAAGGAGACAUACCCUUCUCAAUCUCUAAGCUUAAGCAGCUUGAGCUUUUGAACUUGAAGAACAACCAGCUAACUGGUCCAAUUCCUUCAACACUAACGCAAAUUCCUAACCUGAAGACGCUCGAUCUUGCUCGAAACCAGCUUAUAGGAGAGAUACCGAGACUGAUAUACUGGAAUGAAGUACUACAGUAUCUCGGUUUGCGAGGAAACUUGUUAACAGGAACAUUGUCCCCUGAUAUGUGUCAACUGACUGGCCUUUGGUAUUUUGAUGUUAGGGGCAAUAACCUGACUGGAACUAUACCAGACAACAUUGGUAAUUGCACAAGCUUUGAGAUACUGGAUAUAUCUUACAAUCAAAUCACCGGAGAGAUACCAUACAAUAUUGGGUUUCUGCAAGUAGCUACUCUGUCUUUGCAAGGGAAUAUGUUAACUGGAAAGAUUCCUGAGGUGAUAGGUUUAAUGCAAGCCCUUGCAGUCCUGGAUUUGAGUGAAAAUGAAUUAGUUGGACCAAUUCCACCAAUACUUGGCAACCUCUCUUACACCGGAAAACUGUACCUUCAUGGAAACAAACUUACUGGUCCUAUUCCGCCUGAGCUGGGAAAUAUGACAAAGCUUAGCUAUUUGCAAUUAAAUGGCAACCAACUCACUGGAGCUAUACCAGCUGAACUUGGUAAAUUGGAACAACUUUUUGAAUUAAAUCUUUCUAGCAACAAUCUAGAAGGGCCCAUUCCUGAGAACAUCAGCUCCUGCACGGCAUUGAAUCAGUUAAAUGUUCAUGGUAACCGUUUGAAUGGAUCCAUUCCCUCUGGUUUAAAACAUCUGGAGAGCCUCACAUAUCUGAAUCUUUCCUCCAACCAGUUUAGAGGCAGCAUACCACUUGAGCUGGGUCACAUUAUCAAUAUAGAUACAUUGGAUCUUUCGAGUAACAAUUUCUCAGGAUCUGUUCCUGCCUCCGUUGGUGACCUGGAGCAUCUUCUUACUCUGAACGUGAGUUACAAUUAUCUUGAUGGACCCAUUCCCGCUGAAUUUGGCAAUCUGAGAAGCAUACAGAUGAUGGAUAUGUCUUUUAACAGUUUGUCUGGCGGCAUCCCGGAGGAGUUGGGACAACUGCAGAAUCUGGCCUCUCUCAUAUUGAAUAACAAUGAUUUGAGUGGAAGAAUUCCCGAGCAACUAAGUAACUGCUUAAGCCUUGAUAAACUGAACAUUUCUUACAACAACUUCACUGGGUUGGUUCCUGUUGGAAGAAACUUCUCCCGGUUCUCGCCUGACAGCUUCAUCGGGAAUCCCUUGUUAUGCGGUCACUGGUUGGGCUCAAUAUGCGAUCCAUACCCCCCGAAAUCCAGAGCUGUGUUUUCAAGGACAACAGUUGUUUGCAUCACAUUGGGAUUCAUUACAUUGUUGUCGAUGAUAAUAGUUGCUGUAUACAAGUCCAACCAGCCGAAGCAAUUCAUAAAGGGCUCAAACAAGAACCUGAUGCAAGGUCACAACCACAUUGUUUUUAUCCUUGUAAUUGGUUUUCCAUAUUUUAUUCAAGUUCUGACACAUGUUUCCUUGUGGAUAGGUUCAUCAAAGUUGGUGGUACUUCACAUGGAUAUGGCUAUCCACACAUACGAGGAUAUAAUGAGACUCACUGAGAACUUGAGUGAGAAAUACAUAAUAGGAUGUGGUGCUUCCAGCACUGUUUACAAAUGUGUGUUGAAAAAUUCCCGACCAAUUGCAAUUAAGCGACUCUACACUCAGUAUCCUCACGACUCUCGUGAGUUUGAGACUGAACUUGAGACAAUAGGCAGUAUAAGGCACAGAAAUGUUGUCAGCUUGCAUGGCUACUCGUUUUCUCCCAUGGGGAAUCUUCUCUUCUAUGAUUACAUGGAGAAUGGAUCUCUUUGGGAUCUUCUUCAUGGACCGUCGAAGAAGGUGAAACUGGAUUGGGAAACGCGUCUGAAAGUAGCUGUUGGAGCUGCACAAGGCCUUUCAUACCUUCACCAUGAUUGCAACCCAAAAAUCAUUCAUAGAGAUGUGAAAUCUUCAAAUAUUCUACUUGACGAAAAUUUCGAAGCUCAUCUCUCUGAUUUUGGAAUUGCAAAAUGUCUUCCUACAGCAAAAACUCAUGCAUCUACCUAUGUUGUUGGGACAAUAGGUUACAUUGACCCUGAAUACGCCACGACUUCUUGGCUAACUGAAAAGUCUGACGUUUAUAGCUUUGGGAUUGUGAUUCUGGAGCUAUUGACCGGAAAGAAGGCUGUGGAUAAUGACUUGAACUUGCUUCAACUGGUGCUGUCUAAAGCAGAGAAUGACACUUUAAUGGAGACUGUGGAUCCUGAGGUGUCUGUAACAUGCAUGGACGUAUCUCAUGUAAGGAAAACAUUCCAACUGGCAUUACUAUGCACAAAACGUAAUCCUUCUGAGAGACCAACAAUGCACGAGGUUUCUAGAUUUCUGGGUUCAUUGUUGCCCCCUCCUCCGAAGAAACCUUGCUCGACCCCUCCCAAAAACAUCGAUUAUACCCAGUUUGUGAUUGGCAAAGGACAGCAGCCCCAUCUGCAGAUCCCUCAGCAGCAACUCCAGCAGGACAACAAUUCCUCUGAUGCGCAGUGGUAUGUAAGAUUCGGAGAGGUCAUUUCCAAGAACACUUUCUAGAAAUUGUCUUCUGUUCGAUCCCAAUUUUGUCUCCUCUUUGGUGCUUCGUGGACUGUUAUCAUGUUGCUGUUGUAGCUGGAAAAUGUCUAAAAAUUGUGAUUUUUAACUUAGGCAGGCUUCUUGCCAGAUUACUGCGCAAGUGUCAUGAAACAAUGUUGCUACAGUUGCUGUUUUGUCAAACUAUGCAGGCACUGUUCAUUAAUUAAUGCAAUCACAUGAAAUUUGCCUAUCGAUGUA